AUGGAAGCUAGAAAAACAUAAGAGAAUAAUUUAAUUUUCAUGGCUGUGGAAAUGAGACAUAUUGUUACACUGUAAGUUCACGUCAUCAGUAAUGCAUUUUGAAGUCCUGGUAAUUUUAUCUCCUUUGUUUCCUUCUAGGUUCGGGUAAAAAAACCGACAGCAUGAUUCGGUCCCAGUAUGAAUGUUCCAAAUAAAUUCCAAUGUUCACAUGUAAGUUAAAGGAAAAUGCUGAAAUCAUAAAUGCUUCGUCAGUUGGUAGGUACGUUUUAUAUAGAUGAAAACUUACAUGUCGAUGGAGAGAACCAAAUGUAUGCAUUUUCAUCGUUCAUGUGGGCUACGGAGGUAAUCAAACAAUCUCCAAAAGCAUGAUUACCUCUUACGAAUGUACGUAUACUUCCGGAGAAUUUAAUUGCAUCCCACACCACCCCAGCGAAUCUAUCCUCUGAUCAUACCUCCUCCCACAUUGUUCUUCUCUUAAAUAUUAAAAUAAAGAAAAAAGAAACAGCUGCAUGAGACGCACACCCACAGGACCUUCGGCAGGCAGGAUCUGGUGGACCGCCCAUUGAGGCCCUCCACUUCAUAAAUCGAAAAAGAAAAAUAACUGAAAAUACAAAACCCUAAUCCACAAAAAUCAACUCUGAAAAUGUCGCAGAACUGUCCAUAACACCAAGAAACUCACAACGGCGAACUGACAAUGUGUAAGCGAAUAGGGGUCAACAAGAACGAGCAGAGUACUCGUCCACUACCUUCAAAUCGCCAGGUCCGCAGAAUUUCGCAUUCCCAGUCUAAGCCCCCAUAUCAACUGUAGAUAAGAUGAACAACAGCCAACUGCACCUGACCAACGGAGAAGAGGAGAUCAAUUGCCCUUCCGAAACCUUCGAUUCUUCGUAUCCUCUCUCCAGCCUGUAAGAACUCCCGAGGAUAACCUAGGAAACCUGACUCCACCUUCCUUCAUUCUUCCAAUCAGACGGAAAAGUAACGGCGCCGUCAUGAAACGCCACGCACGUGCAAUUUAGGAAAUACUUAUUUUAUUUCUUAAUAAAAAUAUUAUUCGUCCACAUUUAUUAAUAUUAAUAUUUAAGUAUGUUAAGUGUAUAUAUAUAUAUAUAUGAAUAAAAACGCUUUCUGCGUAAAGCAAGGAAUGGAUAACUACUACUACAGGAGGGUGUCGUUUAAGUGGACUUGCUCGGAGCCCCAUGUUAACGCCUACCCGAAAACAGAUGGUCAAGAGAGACCAGUAAAACGAACCAACGAAUCUAAACCGUUCGAGUAACAAGGGUUCUGCGAAGAACCAUAAGAUGGGGGAGUUCCGUGGUGUAGAAUAAACUGGGGGUUUUGCGAAACAGCUGCGACGCGCAGAACUAGUGGGCUGCAGUGCUCGCCCACCAUGAAGGAGAGCCAAGUAUUCUCUACACGUGGACCAGUAGGAAUGCAGAUUCAGAUAGCGCCUCCUGGCCACAAGUUUCGAUCCUUCUAGGGCCGGCUUCGUCUUCAUCCACAAGAGUCGCCAGCGUGUCUAAACGCCCGGCGACGCAGAGGAGAAGGAGAAGAGGAGAUAGUUCCAGGGAAGAAAGCCGCCAUCUACCUAGGGCUCUCUGAGCAACGUUCUUGCUUCUUUGGAAGGGCACCCGAAAGGUGCGUAUCUCCGAUUCUCUGAGUCCUGUGGAUCGGGAAACUGGAUGGUUCUUCCUCUAAUCGCUUCUCUGUGUGUUUUCUUCCCCACUUUUUCCUUUCUUUCUUUCUUCUUCGUUUUGUCCCGUUUGAUAGACCAGUCACCGGAAACAGAAGAUUGCAAGACCCGAAGGUUUGCCGUCGAAAACCUAAGAUGGUGGUCUGCUGCGAAGAUACCGGUGAAAUGUCCCCAAAAUUUUCUGUUAAUGGAAUUUUCGUUGCGCCUCUGAUAAGGUUUUUUUGAUAUUAUUAUUAGCCACCUGUGGAAUAUUUCCUCCUUUUUUUGUAGAUACCUAGGAGAGAGAGCACUGGAGUAAAUUUCUCUCCUGGGUUGAUUUAUCUGUUAGAGCAUCAGAUUUGGUACAUGCAGAUCGUCGUCCUUCCCUCUUGCAUCACCUCUGUCUGCUGAGAGGAAGGUUCAUAGGAAAUGGGGGAUGGCUUAUUACAAGACCCCUAUAUUUUGAUUUUAUUAAAUUCAUGAUGGUUUAUCCAAACCAGGUAUUGCGAUUUUGAUUUGGUGUUGAAGGGAAGAGAGCUUUAUUCCUCAUAGAUAACCACAGAUCUCCAUGGAAUGAAAUUCCAAUUUUUUUUACUAUGUUCCUUGCAGAGAUCUGCAAGAUGAAAAAUGCUCCUGCAAUUAAUUUAGUAUCAGAUGCGUGAUUCCAACGAAAUCUCCUAUUUAUUUCAGGCUAGGGCUAUGGAUUGGUGCUUUAGAAGAGAGGUUGAUGAUCUCAUUGUUCCCACCGGUUCACAGUCUUCCGAUAGAUUGUAUGCCGAAGAUGGAUCUCCAUCCUCUAAUAGCUGGUUCCAGUGGGAAUUCGGCAGAGGUGAAAACCUCGUGCGACCUGAAAAAUUCUUCAGCAAAACCAUGAAAAAAGAUGACACAGCAUCAAGCUUUGAUGGUAGAAGCCUGUACGAACAGUUUAAGCCAGAAUCUUGUCUCCGUGAUGCCAAAGACUCUGAUGAUCAGGAAGCAUAUGGGGAUCUUUUGUUCGCUGACAGCUGCACAAGGACAUCAGAUCCAUCCUUUCAGAAGAGUGAGCAUCUGGGCGAUCUGCCAGACCAUCCACUACAGAACAGCUUGGAGCGCAUGGAUUUCUGGUACUUUUCAUAUCCUUGAAUAUAUGUGGCCUCUGGGUUAGCUAUUUCAGCGCCUGCGGAAGCAACUACUCCCAGAAGACGGUUUAAGAUGCCUACGAACUCAGAUGUUUUUUUUUUUGGGUCUCUGUGUGUGCAGGGAUUCUGGAUUUAUUGCAGAGAUACCUCAGAUGGAGAGCCCAUCCAAUUCCUCAGACACUGCGUACAUAUCUACAUCAUUUCGGAAUUUCUCAUCAGACAUGUUCAUUGAUCAGAAUAAUUCUCUGAAUGAUCCCUGUUUCACGGGGAGCCCGAUCUACCACGAAAGGCAAUCCACUCCUCAGGCUGAUGAUGUUGCCAAACAUGAAGGCCAUGGAACUGAUGUUUCCCCCUUUUGUGUGACUCUUAGUUCCAGGUGCCUGGAAAGUUCAACUACGGUAACGGUGCUAUCUUUCAUGUAUUUAUUAACCAGGUAUAUGGUAGUUGGGGAAAAUCCAAACAUGAACGUGUGCCUGUGUUUGUAUAAUCCAUUGUCUGCCGUUCUGUGGAAAUAUCUGAAUCAGCUUGCAUUUGGGUGCCUAAAAGCCGUCAUUACUCACCUGUUUUCUGCGAGAAAUAAAAUAAGACAAAGGGUCACCCAAUACAAGUGGGCUAUCGACUGCUGAAGAUUUCGUGCACCUUUUCUGCAUGGUUUCCUAAGCGUGUAGUCCUUAUAGUAAAGAUAUAUUUCUUGAUGAAUCUAAUCUCAUUGGUGCAUUCUGGACUCUGAGGUGCCGCAUAGACAUUUUUCUUGGAACUACUCGUGGAUAUGAAUUGUUCUCUUUCUCUGGGUUUUUGGCGCAUCGUUUGAUUAUCUAAAGAUGCUCUUUUGGAGAAGCUCCUUCUGUGAUCUUCAGCCUGCGAAUUUACAAAAAAGUGAUAAGUUCCUGUCUGUCUUGUAGCAAUGGUCCAAAAUAGGAAGCUUAUCGCAAAUGGCCCUCCCAAUCCCCAUUUCCUGAUUUUGGUUCAUGUACGCCCAGUCUCAUCCCACAUCAUAAUCUGUCCUACCCUCUUUAGUUCAGCGUCCAAUUGGUCCAUAUAUUGAACAUAAUUUCUAAUUUCAGGUCUAUGAAUUGUCAGAUGAACCAUAGUCGAGUGUAAUAUAGUCCUUCAAAGAUAUCAUGAGCGGUACUAGAUGAAAGGCGAUUCAGUUACACAAAUAUAAUGAACUUAAAUGGAUGAUUUGUUUGGAAUUUGUUCCUCUUUAUUGCAUUUAUUUGCAUCAUAGACCUGAAGCUCUUAUAUAUUUUUUUUUGUCAAAAAAAUAUAUCAUCGUAGAUAAUUAAUUACGUAGGCCAACACUCAUGAUCCUUGUUCUACUUUCAGGCUUUGCCGCACUCAGCUUUGGUUCCUGCUGAGCUAAGUACAUCCGAGGAGAUGGCUGGCCUUCUUCAAGAAGAGGCUUGCUUGGAAGCUAAUGUUCUUCAGGAGCUCGAAGGGGUGAUGUCACAGGUAACACUCACAAAACUACGGGAGCUUCCUAAAAUUCCAUGAAUCCGGGGCAUUUUCGAUAGUUUUUCUUCAUUCAUAUGAACAGCUGACCACAAAAAUGAGGAUCUGCUUCCGUGAUGCCCUGUACCGCCUUGCCGAGACAUCAAAGCAGCACUCCUCACUUGCUGAGGACAAGCCAUAUUCAAGCGUGGAUGUCAACAACCCGCGGUGAGAUUUCAUAACUCCAGUAUUUUCUCCAAAACCCCACUUUUAAUCUUAUUUUUUUAGUACCCCUUCUCAUGGUAUGUAGUCCAUUCAUUUACCACAUUAGGAUAUAGAAAGCAUGCUUAACUCCCCUCUGUUAGCAAGAUCAUUGCCUACCCAACAUGAGAACAGUGGUCUCUGGAGAUAUUAUCCUCAGUUCGUCUGCAAAUGCGCUGACCCUGUUGGCUUUGACCAAAUUUUGUGCAGCAACUGUGCCCCAAACUCUGCAGAGAGAGAGACGAACGCCAUAGACAGGAUCAUCGCCAACAUGAUGUUCAACAACCUGGUUCCUCCACACACAUUCUCACAGUCAAGGGGAGCCGCCCAGCACGGCGAGUCCUUCACCUCGACGCCGCCACCCAGAUUACCUGCUAUAUAA